AUGGACCGUUCCGACGCGGAAGACAUGGAAGAGAACGGAGAGGAGUAUCUCCGCCCGAUCAGAACGUCAGUGAUUCGUUGUGGCCCGCUCUAUCGACCAGCCAGCGUAGGAACGCCAGAAAUCUGCGACGACUCGAUGAGCUCUUCCACCGACGAGCCACCAGUCGCACAACCUGCCCGGUCAGGCCUCAGGCCUCACCAGUGCACCGAGCCCGGCUGCGGCAAGUCCUACAAAAAGAAGUCCCAUCUCACAGCGCAUUUGCGCACGCACAGCGGGGAGCGCCCUUAUCACUGCACUUGGGAAGAUUGCGGCAAGCGGUUCGCCCGCUCCGACGAGCUCAGCCGCCACAGAAAGGUCCACACUGGCGAGAAGCCCUUCCAAUGUCCAGUUUGCAUGCGGCGGUUUAUGCGAUCCGAUCAUCUGACGAAGCACGCGCGGCGACAUAUUCACUCCUUGCCCAAGUAUCUUCCCAGCUGGCACCAAGUGAUGGCACAGCUCCAGGACAUGGCACGACGGCGGGCUCAAGCCACGGGCAAGGCCACACCCUCUUGA